AUGCCUUCGUGGGCGUGCGGCGGGGCCAGAGUGCCCGCGCCCGCCCGCCCGCCCGCCCGCCGCGCGCCACCUGGCGGCAGCGGCGAGGAGGCGGCGGCGGGAGGCGGCGGCGGGAGUCGGCGGACUGCGUCACGGGCGGCUUCUCUCGCGAUAGCAGCCAAGCAGCUCGGCCUCGCUAAGAUGGCAGCGACUGCGAGCGAAACUAAGUUGAGUGAGGAAUUUGUAAAAACGGACAAGCCAAAAGUGGACAAGAGCUGCCACGAGCGCUCCAACGAUGGAAAAGAGGCGGCGGCCGCGGCGGCGGCGGCGGCAGAGAGAGAGGACGGGGCCGUUGAGCGCGAGGAGGAGGAGGAGGAGAGCGACAAGCUGUUCAUCCACGAGCCCAGAGGCCAGGGCGAGGGCGAGGGCAACUCGGUGGACGCCGUCGUCGAAAGCGUCGUGAAGGGGAUCGGGAUCGGCUCGUCGCCCCUGAAGAGGAAAAGGAGCAGCCGGGGGCCGCCUCCGCCCCUCUUUGACGACCCGUCACUCCCGGAGGGCUGGGUCAGGAGGCUGAAGCAGAGGAAGGCCGGGAGGUCCGCGGGGAAGUAUGACGUGUACAUAUUCAACCCCCAAGGGAAGCAAUUUCGCUCCCACGCCGAGCUGAGGAGUUACUUUGGCAAGACGGGAGAGGUGGUGCUCAAGCCGGAGGACUUUGACUUCACGGUGGCAGGGCGAGGAAGCUCGGACGGCCGUGGUAACCGGUCUCCACGACUCCCACGGCUUCCCAAAACGGCCUCCGGCACUUUGGGUUUCGGGAGGGGGAGAGGAAGGGGCAGGGGCCGGGGCCGAGGGCGGGGGCGUGGCAGGGGGACCACCCUGGCGGUGCUCCGCAGCAUCGGCAGAGGACGCGGGUCCCCCGGCAGACCCCGAAACGACCAGCAAGCCAGCCCCCUCGUUCAGAGCAUCGUGGUGAAGCUGCCCUUCGCUCUGGCGGGGGCGGCGGCGGCGGCAACGGGUGGGUCCGCCGUGAGCGUGCCGGUUAAACGAAAGCGCGGACGACCCAAGUUAAACAAAGACCCGCUGCUGAAAUCGGUCCCCCCGCCAAAGAAGGCGAGGCUAGAAACUGUUACGCCCGCAGUCGGCAAGCAACGUGAGGAUGGAAAGCCGCCGUCAUCUUCCACAGAGGUUUCUUCCAGAAAUGUGGCCGCCGCCGCCGCCGCCGCCGCCGCCGCCCCCGCUGCUCAGGAGCCCACGGUGGGCAGCUCUCCAGAGGCGCAGCCACAAGUGAGUCAGCCAGACCUGGGCGCGCCGCCCAAGGUCAACCUCAAGUUCUACAAGCAGAGGUCCAAGAAUAACGUGACGGAGAAGCCCAAGAAGAAGGAAGAGCCGAAGCAGCCAAAGGUACUGUCCAUUUCCAUCAAGGUGGACGAUGGCGCGCAGAAGCCCGCGGAGGAGGGCAAGCUGAAGGAGUGUGCGGCGACCGCCGCCAAGGAGCAGCCCACGGAGUCUGCGGUCGCCGUGCCAGACAGCAGCUCGUCGCCCUCGCAGCCGGACCAGGCCAAGGCUGCCGAGGCCAAGAACGCCCAGGAUGGAAACUGAGGGCAGUGUCGGCCGAGAAGGCCGGCUCGGUGCCCGCGGUGGACGCUCGUGUGUGUGACGGGGGGUGGGUGGGUGGGUGGGAGGAUCUUUUGGCAUUCUCGCUUUCUAUGAACCGUAGGGCUUGACCUGACACACGUUUUCCUAGCUUUCCCAGAAGUUAGGUUGCUAGUGAUCAGUCUUUUACUUAACGUUGUACAGUGUUUGACAGAACACUUCUUUUGUUAACACUUUGAAUGUAUUGCAUCGAAAGUAUUUUCAACUUUAUUUGCAAAGUCAUUUCUAUCGUUAGGAUAUGAUUGUUUUACGUAUGUUUUGGACCAUACAAUUAUCCUUAACAUCACGACCCAAAAACACAUAUCUGCACCGAAAGCUAUCCAUUCAUGACCCACAUGCAAUAGAUAUUUCCUGAGAUUUGUAUGUGUACCUUGUGGGCAUCUCUCUCCUGACCUGUAAUACACAUUUACGUGCCGGUGAUUUCGAAUUCUUCCAUUUGACUCAUGCACCAGUGAAGUUGUCAACCCGAGAUGUUUUUAGCGUCCACCUAUUUAACCAGUCUUUCUGAUUAACUGCUUGCAGAUAUAUCUACAAGUGUAUUCUGCAGUAAUGUUUAAAAACUACGUCCCGACAUUUUCUAUGUUUAGCUUUGUUUAUAAGAUUUCUGCACAGUACAAAGCUUUGCAAUAACGUAUACAGUAAUAGGUAACUAGUAUCUCAUUAAUUGUAUCUCAUUUAUCCCUAGUCUUUUAUUGGCCAGUGUAGAACGCUGUGCAUAUCGAGGCCUUUAUGCAGUAGUUAUUUAUUUGCAAAAAAAAAAGUUAACCAGAUAUUCUGGUGGGAAGAAAAUGAAGGAUUUAUAAAGCCGCGUUUUUGCUACAAAAAAUGUAAUCCAACAAGAGCGGUUUCCUGCUUUUUAUUUUGCGAUGUUUACGUAAACAGAGGAAAGCAUAAACUGACGGCCCCUCGCCUAUCCUACCAGUAGUAAAACCUAUUCUUAUACGUAACGCACUUACUGUAUACGUAAUGUAUAUUAAAUGUUUGCACUGUCCGGGGUUUCUAAAAAAAGAA